AUUCAGUUCCGUUCAAUCCACAAACGCAGCACAUACAGAUUGAGAACAUUCAACUGAAAAAUUAUGAUUGUCAUUCGCUUAUUUCCAUUUAUAUUCGCCCUCACGUUGGUGAUGACAGUGCCAAGAACAUUGGCAUACAAAGAGCUUGAUACUUGCGGCGGUGACAGAGAAUAUCCACUGGGCGUGUGUCGCUACACUGAUGAUUGUUGCACAAUUAAAAGGUAUGUCAUGCAGAAAAAGAUCAACAUCAAGGAUGUGCCAUCUUGUGGCUAUGACAGUCCGUUUAAGGGUAAAAUGAUUUGCUGCCCCAAAACUGACACACAAAGAACGACUUCAGGUCCACCAAUAUUACGCUUCACUGGAUCUCAUCUGGUUACUAUGCGAUACUUAACAGAACAUAGGGAUGAUUAUUCGUACCGUUUUACGGGUGUUUUACUGUCGUCCUCGCUUGUUCUAGCGUCGAAGCAAUGCGAUGCAGCGGACGACGAGGGAUUACCCAGCAGAGUAAAGUUGGGAUCCCAAGAUGCAGGAGUAAACGAUAAAUCAGAUAUUAAAAUCUAUGUUGACAGACCCACGAGUUACAAAAAUGACUUGGUGCUCAUCAAGUUGAGAACGAGACUUAACAGAACACAACUGUCGGAAAAUGUCACCAUAGCGAAUCUCUGUCAUCCAUACGAUCUGCUGGGGCACCCGCAAUUCUUUGCUGCAGGCUACUCAUACAAUACGCAAAAAAACGAAGGCUGCAAAAAAUACACGAUGGAAUUGGAAAACCUUAAUCUCAACGAAUGCAAAAAUGUGAAGAUGACGCGUCAAAUCGAAGAUUUGGCAACGGAUCAGUCACAUCUCUGUCUUCGCCCGAUACCAACAUUCGAGAUGAAGAAUGAGUGCUCAAAGUGCUUGACCGCGACAUCCAGUGUUCUUCAUGUGCAGCGUAGGGAUGGCAGUCAGUGUGUGGCGGGCAUUGCCACGCCCACAAACGAUGAGUGCAUUGAGGACGAGAGUCCAUUGUACUUCACCAAUAUCCUGACAAAGUCAGUCAGCGAUUUCUUUAAUGGCGAAUAGAGUCAUUUCAUAAGACGAAUGUGGAUAAUCGUUGUAAGGCGAUUUAUUAAAAGAAAGCUU